AAGAAAAUAAGCCACAAGCACAGAAAAGGGCGAAGGCCAAAAAAUGGUGUCUCUGCAAUCUAGCUUCGUUCUCCUGAUCCUCGCCCUUUGCUAUUUCGGCGCAACUGCCUCGUCGUCAUCACCAUCAUCAUGCAAUGGGUCCAUUGCAGAGUGCGAAGCAGAAAGCGAGCUGCUGAUGGAGUCAGAAAUAAGCAGAAGGUUUCUAGAACAGAAGAAGUAUAUCUCAUCUGGCGCUUUGAAGAAAGACCAACCGGUCUGCAACAGCGGUGGUAAAGGCGAAGCUUAUAGUAAAACAGGAGGCUGCCUUCCUCCUCCGGCUAAUACCUAUAACAGAGGAUGCUCUAAAUACUACAGAUGCAGAUCCGACUCGUGAUCAAACACAACCAGACUUGAAUGUAUUAUUCGAUACACAUAUAUUGUUGUCUCUUCCUUAAUUGGUGUUUGCUUAAAUAAAUGUGCAAACUUGUAAGAUGUAGAAGUUCAAAUACAGGGGUUUUCAUUUGUAAUGGAACCAAUUUGGUUUGUUCAAGUUGCAUAAACUUGGUCUGGUUCAGAUAUAAAUUUCAUCAGAAAGGGCCUCCACACCGAAGAAGAUUAUUUGUUCUAUAGAUAUUAUGUAAUUGGGUC